CGGAAGAGGCUCCGCCCCUGUUGAAGUGCUAAGUCUUCUUGUCGGCGCACAGCUGAGAGUGUCCGAAGUCGACCCGGUUCAGGGAGUUCGUUUCGCCUGUGACAGCAUUGCACUGCACCAUUUUACUCUUCUGUCAUAACUUCUACAAGGUAGGAUUGUGGAGGGUGGAGCCAUGUCCAAGAAGAUCCAGGCGGGCUCGGUGGUGGAGAUGCAGGGGGACGAGAUGACCAGGGUGAUCUGGGAGCUCAUCAAAGAGAAGCUCAUCUUCCCCUACGUAGGCAUGGACCUGCACAGCUACGACCUGGGCAUCGAGAACCGCGAUGCCACGGAGGACCGCGUGACGGUGGAGGCCGCCGAGGCAGUCAGGCGUUACAACGUGGGCAUCAAGUGCGCCACCAUCACGCCGGACGAGAAGCGGGUGGAGGAGUUCAACCUGAAGAAGAUGUGGAAGUCGCCCAACGGCACCAUCCGUAACAUCCUGGGCGGCACCGUGUUCCGGGAGGCCAUCAUCUGCAAAAAUAUCCCGCGGCUCGUCACCGGAUGGGUCAAGCCCAUCAUCAUCGGGAGGCACGCACAUGGAGACCAGUACAAAGCCACGGACUUCGUGGUCCCCGGGCCCGGCCGCGUGGAGAUGAAGUACACACCCAAGGACGGAGGAGAGCCCCUCAUGUUUGUGGUCCACGACUUUCAAGGAAGUGGGGGCGUGGCCCUGGGCAUGUACAACACGGACAACUCCAUCAGGGACUUCGCUCACAGCUCCUUCCAGAUGGCGCUGAGCAAGGGCUGGCCGCUGUACCUCAGCACCAAGAACACCAUCCUGAAGAAGUACGAUGGCCGCUUCAAGGACAUCUUCCAGGAGAUCUACGAGAAGGAGUACCAGGCCCAGUUCGAGGCCAAAGCCAUCUGGUACGAGCACCGGCUGAUCGACGACAUGGUGGCCCAGGCCAUGAAGUCCGAGGGCGGCUUCAUCUGGGCCUGCAAGAACUACGAUGGAGACGUGCAGUCUGACUCCGUGGCACAGGGCUACGGGUCCCUGGGGAUGAUGACGAGUGUGCUGGUGUGCCCCGACGGGCGCACAGUGGAGGCCGAGGCAGCGCACGGCACCGUGACGCGGCACUACCGCAUGCACCAGCAGGGCAAGGAGACGUCCACCAACCCCAUCGCCUCCAUCUUCGCCUGGACGCGGGGGCUGGCGCACCGGGCGGAGCUGGACCGCAACGCCGAGCUGCGCGCGUUCUGCCAGGCGCUGGAGGCCGUGUGCGUCGAGACCAUCGAGGCCGGGUUCAUGACCAAGGACCUGGCCGCCUGCAUCAAGGGGCUGCCAAACGUGCAGCGGUCCGACUACCUGAACACCUUUGAGUUCCUGGACAAGCUGGCGGAGAACCUGAAGACAAAAAUGGCGAGCCAGCCCAAACUGUGAGCCUGCUCACCAGGAUGGACACGGACACACACACACACACACACACACACACACACACACACACACACACACACCUGGGCCACACGCCCAUGUCCUCCGAGUGGCGCGGGAGCCCGGGUGCAGAGGCAGCACGCGCCCACAGAGAGUCCGGACUCGUGCACGCUGAGCCCCGGUCCCUGAGGGGGGGCUGAACGAGUGGCCACAUAACAAAAUGCCCACCAUCCCAGCUUAACCUGUCUGUAAUAGUUUCUGUUUCCUCCAAGGGAAGAACACUGUGACAUUUUUAAAGGAGUACUCCUGCCUGCUUACUGGGUGCUAUUUCCAUCCCAACCCCAAACGGAAACCAUGCCGCCAUUCCGAAUUCGCCCCAAAUCCUGAAUCAGUGUUUCUCUAUCGGGCACAGCCC